CACACACCGGCAUGAAGCUCGCGGGGAUAGUGGCGUUGGCAUUCCUUGCUUUAAUCUGUAAAUUCGAAACAGCACAAUGUAAUCUACAUAUUUUUUCUUCUAGAACAGUUCUUCAGAAGAGAUGGUUGUCGCGAGCUGCUUCUCAGAUUUGGGAUUUCUACCUCCCGACGAGGGUGGACCCCAACAGCACUUGCGGGCUUGCUCUCCAGAACAUGGCUGUUUCACUGGCAGACAAAAGCAGCAUCUGGGCGGCUAGAAUGGUGGACUCAUGGGGUAAAAGUGAUGACGGCAUCAUAUAUGGGAGAUUUUACUACGAAGGAUCCUAUGACGAGUGCAUGUCUGUUGCUUCCCCUGAGCAGGGCAUCCGUGGGAAAUACUGCCGUAUAACGAUGAGAAAAGAAAAAAACAGCUCAGGGCUGAGGUCGCCGAAGCUAUUGCCACCUUGGUUUGCCCAUCGCCCCGAAGUGCGUAUAGUUCCGAGUGUGGUCGAGGAUCUCGAGGAAGAAGAAUACUUCAGAUAUAGCACUUGUGUCCCAAGCAUUUGCUCUCACCAGGACCUUUGGGAAAGUUUGAACGUGACAUAUUCAGAGUACAAAAGCACGAUAGUGGACUUGAGUUGCAAAGAAAUGGAUCCAUCUGCAGCACUGAAUUCGGGGGAUUACGCCUACAUGUGA